AUGGCUGGGGCGCGCGGGCUGCUCUGGCUGUGGCUGGGCUGCUUCUGCGGGAGCCUGGCGCGCGCCGAGAGGCCGAAGCCCGGUCUCCCGCAGCUGCACGGCGCCGGGUCCGGAGACCGCGCGGCAGGUGGUGGCUCGGGCCCGGUGCUGCGGCCGCUCGACAAGGUGUCCGAGCACAUGCUGCGGCUCUACGACAGGUACAGCGGCGGCGGCGGGGCCCGGGCGGAACGCGCGCGGGGGGCCUCGGAGCGGGGCUCGCAGCCCGCGCGCCCCCAGCCCCUGCGCGAAGGCAACACGGUCCGCAGCUUCCGAGGCGGAGCAGCAGGAACCCUUGGAAGCAAGGGACUGCACAUUUUUAACCUGACUUCUCUAACCAAGUCUGAAAACAUUUUAUCUGCCACACUGUAUUUCUAUGUUGGGGAGCUAAUAAACAUCAGCCUGAGUUGUCCAGAGUCCCGAGGAUGCUCACAUCAUGCUCAGAGGAAACACAUGCAGAUUGAUCUCUCUGUGUCUAUCCUUAAAUCUGACAGAAACCAAAGUCAACUCUUCGGUCAUCUUUCAGUAGAUGUAGCCAAAUCUCAUCGAGACUUUGGAUCCUGGCUGUCUAAAGACAUCACUCAACUCCUGAGGAAGGCCAAGGAAAAUGAGGAGUUCCUCAUAGGAUUUAAUAUUACCUCCAAAGGGCACCAGCUGCCAAAGAAGAGGUUACCCUUCCCCGAGCCUUAUAUCUUAGUGUAUGCCAAUGAUGCUGCCAUUUCUGAGCCAGAGAGCGUGGUGUCAAGCCUACAAGGGCACCGGAAUUUCGCCACUGGAACUAUGCCUAAACUGGCUAGCCAUAUCAGGGCUGCCCUUUCUAUUGAACGCAGGAAGAAGCGCUCUGCUGGAGUCCUGCUGCCUCUGCAGAACAAUGAGCUUCCUGGGGCAGAGUAUCAGUACAGGGAGGAUGGGGUAUGGGAGGAGAAAAAGCCUUAUAAGACCCUUCAGACUCAGGCCCCUGAGAAGACUAAAAACAAAAAGAAACAGAGAAAGGGACUUCACCAAAAGAGCCAGACGCUCCAGUUUGAUGAACAGACCCUAAAAAAGGCCAGAAGAAAGCAAUGGAUAGAGCCUCGGAAUUGUGCCAGGCGAUAUCUUAAAGUGGACUUCGCAGAUAUUGGCUGGAGUGAAUGGAUUAUCUCCCCCAAGUCCUUUGAUGCCUAUUAUUGCUCUGGAGCAUGCCAGUUCCCCAUGCCAAAGUCUUUGAAGCCAUCAAAUCAUGCCACCAUCCAGAGUAUAGUGCGAGCUGUGGGGGUCGUGCCCGGAAUUCCUGAGCCUUGCUGCGUGCCAGAAAAGAUGUCUUCACUUAGUAUCUUAUUCUUUGAUGAAAAUAAGAAUGUGGUACUUAAAGUGUAUCCUAACAUGACAGUAGAGUCUUGUGCUUGCAGAUAACCUGGCAGAGAACUCAUGUGAAUGCUUAAUUCAAUCAUUUGUUUAUUUAAUGGACUUUACCCCUCUUUUUUUUUUUUUUUUUGCACUGCCAAUGCAUUUCAUCCCAAAAGAUUUUUUCAUAGUCAAAGAGAAAGAGCAGAUAGACUGACGAUUUCCACCAGGAGAACUGGACUGCGUUUGUUUCUGAAUGUAACUCAUUGUGAGAUUUUAGUAAAUAUGGACAUUUGUUUCUUGUUUUAAAAAAAUCAUGAAAGAAAAAUGAUCAAACUGUUUUUAGAGCUAUUAGAGGACACACUGAUUUAUUUUUGUAAUGGGCUUUGAUAAUAUGUUGGGAUAACACCAAUAGCUAAUCACUUAGCUCUACUCAUUGAGAAUAGAAACAUUUCAUAUUUUGAAGUAAGCUUAUUGCCAUAGAUUCCUAAGCGACUCAGCAAGUGCUAAAUAAUCCAAUCAAUGUUUGUUUAUCUUAGAAACAUUUAAGAUUCUUGUUUACCUGUGUCUUUCCUCCAUGUGUAAUUGCGUGAAUCGAUGAGUGGAGAGUGUAUGCGUAUGUAUGUGUGUACAUUGCUAGGUGCCUGUGUCCUCUGUAGGAAGGUUUGCUUAACCUGGUUUUAUAAUUCAGUCUACACAGGAUUCUUUGAUUUCUUCAUUUCAUGUUCUGGCAAGCACCAUUCAAUUAUGAGAACUUCACCAAAAAGGGUAGAGUGAUCCAAGAGCAUAUGCAGAGAGUUACCACUUGGCCCAGCCUUGCAAUUUGAAAUACUGUUGUUUUCAUUUCAUUGCCUCCUAGAAAAAGGAACUAGCAACCCAAUUUUCAAAAACCCAGAUGUAAUUCCCCUUCUGUAUUUCUUUGUCUUAAGUACCUGCGUUUGCUCUUUUAAACUGAAUUCAAAACUUCAACUAAAUUUUUUAAAUUAAAUUAAAAUUACAGUUUUCUUGAUAUGUCUUUACUCCAUGUGAAGUAAUCCAUAGAUACAGAGGCUCAAAAACUAAUAGAAUAUUGGAGAUUUCUUUAAAUGACCAAAUUAAUCACAGUCACAUGUCGAAUAUCAUUCUCCGGUGACAUUCAGGGCCAGACACCUUUUCAUAUGGACCAAGGUUCAACCAUAAAUCUACAUUUUAGCGAAUUAUUCACCCAAAAAAAGGAAGUCAAAUAUAGACACUUUGUGGUUUUUUUGCCUACUUCUAUGUGUCAUAAAUAUCCUUAUACUUUGCCUUUGAAAACUUGUUUCAAAAAUCUCUCUCUCACUAAAUUCACAUGUGUGACAAAAAUGUUAACAGACCAUGGGUUGUUGUUGAUGUCAUAUCUGUGGUUAAUAGUCCUUUUAGUUGAGUCUUACCUGAGCAGAGACAACUAAGCCAUUUCAGAGGCUGUGAAGUAUCAGAAGACAUAGGGUUUUGUUCUCUCUCUUCCAGUAGCUACCUAUCUUGGUUCAUCAUUUAAUAAAUAUUUAUUGAGCAUUUAUUCUGUAAAAGGCAUUGUUUUAACUCUGUGUCCUUAGCAUCCUCACUGAUAAAAUGAAGAGUUUGACUAGUUGAGCUAGAAGGCCUUUCUGACGCAGAAAGUUUGGGCUUUUGCUACUAGAUUUCAUACACAUCUUCCUUGAAUGGAUGAUACUGAUAGAUCUAAAAACACUGCAAGUAUCUCUGUUCAUAAACCAAAGGAAAGAACAUCCAGUCUUCAGCGUUUGGGAGUGAGUAUGAAAUUCUCUGGUUUAAGUCAUAUUUCUAACAUCCCAACUUAUUAGAAAUCCAUUUAAAGAAGAUUAUUAUGAACAGAAGCUCUUUGACACUUUUGGAGUACACAGAGGUUGGUAUGAGUGUGUAUUAACUCCAUGAAUGAGACACAAUAGUUCUGAAUAAUAAAUUAAGCUCUAGUGCCUGAGUUACUGUGGUUUCUUAUGGUUCACUUUUUAUUCUGGUAGCACUAUCUUAAAUAUUUGAAAUGAGAUAGGCGAUGGAAUUACUUUUAAUAAACUUUAUCAACAAUUUGAAAGUAAAAUUAUAUAAUAGAAGUGAGCCAAUGUAUGCCAAUCGUAUCUUGGUCAUACCAUCUUUCAAUAAAGAAAACUUCUUUUUCACUGGCAGAAAUGAUGAAAUUCUUAGUUUAGAUUUUCCUCUAGCAGUUCUCAUCAUUACUUUUCAGCCUUCUAUCCAGAUGUCUAUUACCUUUCUUAAUUUUAGUUGAUAACCACUUCCUACAGAUUAAAUCCUACAAUGGCCAGAAAAGCCUCUAAAUAAUAAAAAUUUAUGAGUAUAAACUAAGAUUUUAAAUAGCAGUUUAUAUAUAUAACAAAAUUACAAUAUAAUUAAAAAGCUUGGUAGUCUUUUAGCAACCUAAAUAUUUUUUGACCAGUAGUUAUUUCUGAGUGGCCUUGUAACCAUCAUUUCACUACCAAAUUGAGGACAUAUUUUGCUAUAAACAGGAAAAAAUUGUAUUCCCCCAAAAUAAAGGAAGAUUUAUUUUCAGUCGAAGGGGUUGAAAUAAAUGAAAUGGUGUUUUAACUAAUAAAAAUUUAUUUGAAAUAGUUGGAAAAUUGACUAUUUCACAAUUUCUUAAGUACUAGUGUAUGCAUAAUUUUUGCAUAGACUUUUUAUAAAUCUCCUGGUAUAAAAGUGGCAAUGGUCUAAGAAGAGAAAUUAUGUUCAGAAAUGCCAUUUCUUAAAUAAUGCGUCUACGUCUGUCCCUCCUGCCUCCCUCUCCCAUUCCCCCCUUCUCUUUCCCAACCUCCAUUCCAUCCCCAUUCCUAGACAUCACACACACACACACAUACACACACACACACACACACACACACAGAGUCAUUUAAAAAUGAAUUUUUUCAGUAACUAUUUUCUUAAAUUCAAAUUCAGAGGCUGCUGAUGUCAAUAUAGAAUUUUCAAAUAUCUUACUAUAAGCUGUGUAGAUAAUAUACAAUUUACAAGAUUUGUGAUUGUGGAAUUUAAACUGGAUGAUUGGAAUCCCCAGGUCUCAGGACUACAAUACCCCAGAUACAUUUUUACAUUCACCUAGCUGUAUUUUGACUGAUGAUCAUUUAUUCAUUAAGAUAAGAUUUUUUACCUUAAUAUUUCUAGGAAAACUCUUGUUGCCUAUUUAAUAUUUUUAUAGACAAUCAUAUGUGUAUGAUACUAUUAUCAGUCUGCAACAACAUUUUUUUUUUUUUUUUUAAAGAUUUUAUUUAUUUUUUUUUUUUAUGAUAGACAGAGAGAGAGAGAGAGAGAGAGAAGCAGAGACACAGGCAGAGGGAGAAGCAGGCUCCAUCCCGGGAGCCCGACGUGGGACUCGAUCCCGGGUCUCCAGGAUCGCGCCCUGGACCAAAGGCAGGCGCUAAACCACUGCGCCACCCAGGGAUCCCCCCAUUUUUUUUCUAUAAUUACACUAUUCAGUUUAGUCUUCCUGCUUUCACUUUUCUCUGUGCUAACAAGUAACUAAUAUCUGGAUGUUGACUUCUUGUUGAAUCAAGGUUGGGUUAAACAAUAGCUAUGCACAUAAGUGUGUAAGAUUAGAUAUGAAAUUAAAUAAGAAAGUUUGGAUAAAUCUCAUUUCUCCACAUAGUGUCUUUUCCCCUUGAGAAUCAUAUUUUAAUGUAGUUUAUAAGUGAUUAAAUGACCCCCCUUUUCUGGAAACCUAGCCUUCCCUCAGCUUUUCACACUAGCUUCUGUAAAUGUUUUAGUCCAGAAUUUAAUGCUUGUACAGUUAAUGCCAAUUUAAAAUAUAUAUUUUAUAUAUUAUAUAUAUAUAUAUGGGAAACUUUAAAGGUGCUUUUAAUUUAUUUAAUGACUGUUGCUUUUCUAUAAUGGUAAUUUUCAUCCUUAGAGGGUGAGAAAAUAUUCUUUUUAUUAUAGUUAUUACAUGCAAAAUGAAAUUCGGUUCUUUAGUCAAAUCCACUAAAGGGGCAUGUUGCAGUGAAACUGUGCAGGACAUUUCACUACUGAUGUAUAAGCUUUGCUGACUUUGUAUCAUUUUCCUCCACUAAUAAGAUCUUUUCAUUAUAUAGUAUGAAAAUAAAAAUUGCUUAAU